AUGAUUCAAAUACUUCUCGCAGCCCAUGCCACUGUGAAUCGAACAGUCAAUUCCCAAAUGUUGUCUACAUUCACUCGUGUUGACUGUUACCAAAGAAGGGAAAGAGGCCACCAAUCUUUUCCUGGAAGCAGGUGCCAAUCUACAAGCUACAGAUAUAUACAACACGUCAAAGGGGGAGAUCAAAAGAAGCUUAUUCGAACGAGCCUUGGAAGCAAAUGA